CGCGGUUUCCGUAGAGGGAGUUUCCUCGCCACGGGCGACCCAUGCGAUGUUUACAGGAGCACAAAUCCUCAAUAUCUGUGUUGUUGUGUGUUGUGGCAGCCGUCUACUUCUGAAACCCCUCCAUCACCUAACAUCCCUCCAGGAAUAGGAAAGAUGGCAGACAAGGCCCCUUCUGUUGCCAUGGAGGCUGUCCUGAAGCCCAGCUGCGAACUCCCCGAGGACAUGCCGAAAAUCAGAGGCUACGACUUUAACCAGGGGGUUGAUCUCCAUGCGGUGCUGAAGUCCUACAUCAACACGGGCUUCCAGGCCAGCAGCUUAGGCUUGGCCAUCCAGGAGAUCAACAACAUGAUAGAGAAGCGCCUUGAGCCGGUGGAGGCAGGUGAAGGGAACGAGUCCGAUGAUUCGGCUCCCAAAUCCGGCUGCACCAUCUUCCUGGGUUACACCUCCAACCUCAUCAGCUCCGGCGUGAGGGAGAGCAUCCGCUACCUGGCAGAGCACAAAAUGGUGGAUGUGAUCGUGACCUCGGCUGGAGGCAUCGAGGAGGAUUUGAUCAAGUGUCUCGCUCACACGUAUUUGGGAGAAUUCAGUUUGUCUGGAAAGGAGCUCCGCCUGAGAGGCAUCAACAGAAUCGGGAAUCUGCUGGUGCCCAAUGAUAACUACUGUAAAUUUGAAGACUGGCUGAUGCCCAUCCUGGACCAGAUGCUGUUGGAGCAGAACACGGAGGGCACUCGUUGGACUCCUUCCAAAAUGAUCCAUCGGCUCGGCAAGGAGAUAAAUAAUCCGGACUCCGUCUACUACUGGGCAUACAAGAAUAACAUCCCGGUGUUCAGUCCUGCCCUGACAGACGGCUCUCUGGGCGACAUGAUCUACUUCCACUCGUUUAAGAACCCCGGCUUGGUUCUGGACAUCGUCGAAGACAUUCGCAGGAUGAACAGCCAGGCGGUUUUUGCCAAGAAGUCGGGAAUGAUCAUCCUGGGAGGAGGGCUGGUCAAACAUCACAUCGCCAACGCUAAUCUGAUGAGGAACGGAGCCGACUACGUGGUGUACGUCAACACGGGUCAGGAGUUCGACGGUUCCGACUCCGGAGCUCGACCCGACGAGGCCGUUUCCUGGGGAAAGAUCAGGACAGACGCCAAACCUGUGAAGGUGUACGCAGACGCCUCUUUGGUCUUCCCUCUGAUCGUGGCCGAGACCUUCGCUCUGCAGGCCGACAAGCUGACCGCCGGCAAGAAAACAGAAUAACUGGCCUUAAACCCUCCGCUAGAAAACAACAACCAGCUUUGUUCCUUUGGUUUUUCCUUUGUGUGGGUAAUUGGACACAUGAGUCCGAUGUUCUGCUGAAAAUACGCAUUUAAGUGGAGUCAGUUUUAGGAGGCGGCGCUGCCAUGUCGUAACAACGCCGCCGUGACCGAGUAGCGGGAAACGAUGGUGAGGGUUUCCUCUUUAAGGCCUUCCAUGCCAGUAUUUUCCUUUUCUGUUCAGACAGCUGACGCGGCGUCAGUGUCGUGCCAUCGCAUGCAACCAAAGAGACGCAUCAGGUUUUAGCCGUGAAGCGAGACAGACGGAGAGAGAGACUGGAGACACGAGGCAGCCAAGAGUUUGAAUUUAUUUCAGUUUAGCCGUGGCAUGACACACAGUGUGUUGCUGUUGUUAUUCAUAUUACCUUAUUGCUUCUGUGCUUUUAUAUUAAACUGCUACGGGAUUAAAUAUGGGCCUGUAUAGCUCAAUAAAUCACAAGGUAAUAAUUCCUCUCUGUGUUUAAUAGUGGACUACUAGAGAUGCUCUCUUGCAGCUGGCCUGCGUUUGAAAGGCCACAGAGGCUCUAUUAUCCAGUCUGACACUUCAUUUCACUCGCUGGCUUCAAAAAGACGACACUCCUCAGGUGCAUUUGAGAGAAAACAAAACAGGAAGCGGGCACUUUAUUAAAACGACGUCUCUGGAAGUUUGUACACGAAUUGUGAUUAUUUGAAUCGCUCUUUUAAAGGUGCAUCAUGAGAUUCAAGGAGGUGUUUGAAGGUGUUUGUCUUUCCAUUCCUAGAACGCCGCUAACCUCAGACUAGUAAUUUAGUUAACACCUCUAUUACAGUGGAAAAAAGUGAACGUCACUGCAGGAGAGUCAGUGGCAGAGCUGCUGCGUUGGAUUGUGUCGUAUUGUACCUAAAAAUAAACCUUCAUUUUAUAACCGUUUUUUAAAAAAAUUUGUUGUAAAGACCCAAACGUCCUUCUGUAAACUCUGACUCGGCUUCCAAACGGGUGAAAUUUCAGCUCUAAAUAAACAAAAGACCAUUAUGCA